AUAUUAUACAUCUUGCGAGUUUACACGAUUGCAGAACAUACAAAAUACAAUAAAAUCAGUAGUUGUUUGUUGAUAUUCUGGUGGUUUAUUGUUUAUAAUAACAAGAAUAUUCGAAUAAGAAUGCCGCUCUCGAUGGAACGCUGGGUAGGCAAAGUUGCUAUAGUGACUGGUGCUAGUGUUGGUAUUGGGGCGGCCGUUGCAGAGAGGUUAGUUAAAGAGGGUUGUAAGGUCAUUGGCAUAGCGCGAAGAGUAAAGCUGAUGGAAGCUUUAGCAGCUAAAUUAAAGAACGAGAAAGGAAAACUAUAUCCCAAGAAAUGUGAUGUGAUGAAAGAAGAAGAAGUGCUUGCGGUAUUUAAAUGGUGUAGAGAAAACCUGGGACCAGUCCAUAUCUUGAUCAACAAUGCAGGAAUAAUCGAAGCGACUAAUUUGAUUAAUGGAGAUUCACAAAAAUGGAGAGAUAUUAUAGAUACCAACAUAAUGGGCCUUUGUGUUGGUACAAGAGAAGCUGUGAAGGAUAUGGUGAGGAAUAAUGUAAACGGACACAUCAUUCAUAUGAAUAGUGUAGGUGGCCACAAAGUACCAUACUUUACCUUCAGUAAUGUAUACCCUGGAACCAAACAUGCUGUAACAGCCCUAGCAGAAACGUUAGUGAGAGAACUUGCAGCGAACAAUCUCGAUAUUAAAGUUACCAAUUUGAGUCCAGGGCUUGUCAAAACAGACAUAGGAAGAAACUGUCCAGCUUUUAAUGAAAUGAUUGCAAGAGUUCCUACAUUGGAAAGUGAAGAUGUUGCGGAUACUGUUGUGUUUAUUUUAUCAACAGGACCUAAAGUACAGAUACAAGAAGUUAUAAUCAAACCACUUCGAGAAGCUUUUUAGACGGAAUAAUAUGCAGGAGUGACAAAUAUGAUAUCAAUUUUAAAUCCUUUACCUUAGUACAAUAAGACAAACAAAAAAUAUUACUAAAAUAAUAUUUUAAAAGAAAAUAUUUGUAUAUAUAAAAAUAAAACUAUAAAAAUGGGAGAAAAGCAUAAAAUGUUAUGUAAAUUCAUUUUUCAAUAAACAAAUUAUUUUACUACAUGUAUAAA